CAUAGUGAGCUGAUCAUCUGUCCUGAGCUCGGAUUUGGAGAUGGUCCUAUCGGCCUUGUCUGUGCACCAACUCGUGAAUUGUCUCAACAAAUCUAUUCAGAAGCAAAAAAGUUGGCGCGUGUCUAUAACCUGACAGUGGUUUGUGCCUACGGUGGUGGUAGCCUAUGGGAGCAACAAAAGGCUUGCGAAGCCGGUUGUGAAAUUCUCAUCUGCACUCCAGUGAGUUUAAUUUUUUUUCUCCCUAGCAUUAUUUCUAAAGCAACUGCAACUAUCAAUUCACCCAACAAAAGUUGA